AUGGUCUCAGUCCCGUGGCCGCCGGGGGCUGUGCCCUCCCUGGUCCCCACUGCCCUUAUCUGUGGCCUACCCCUUCCAAAGACCCCUGGGAUAGGGCGGGCCCGGCAGCUGUGCUCCCCGCCUCACCUGUCAGUGAUUCCACAUUUUGCAACCAGGGAAUUCACUGCCUUUUCGCAGGACAGUCACUUCCUUCUCCCUCCCCACCCCUCGCAUACCAUGUGCGACCUAGAAGACUGGUCAAAACCGUUACUGUGCGUGACGAUCCUAGAGCACUGUGGGCCCCAGACCAGCUCCCAGCACUGGGGGACGGCAGUAGCCACAACGUCCACACCCGCAGGAAGUGGUGGCAGGCUCCGCAGCCCCCGGGGUUCGGAACGUGAAUGGUUAGGGGACGGAGCAGACCCCCCAUUCCCGGGUGCUUGCAGGGAGGCCGAAGCCACGGCCAUUUUCCGGAGGGUGGCAGACCAAACACGCUGCCCUGCAGUGCUGGGAGCUGGCUUGGGGUCCACGGUGCUCUGGGAUCUUCACUCAUCCACAGUAACAGUUCUGACCAGUCUUCCACGUCGCAGAUGCAUAACCAAUGAUGAGCUGAAGGAGAAAAAUGCCGAACUACAAGAAAAAUUUCAACUUGUAGAAUCUGAGAAGUCUGAGAUCCAGCUCAACGUAAAGGAGCUAAAAAGGAAGCUGGAGAAGGCCAAGCUCCUGCUGCCACAGCAGCUGCAGGAGGAGGCUGACCACCUGGGUAAGGAGCUGCAGAGUGUGUCCGCGAAGCUCCAAGCCCAGGUGGAAGAGAACCAGUUGUGGAACCGCCUGUACCAGCAACAGGAGGUGAAGAUGCGGAGGCAGGAGGAGAAGAUAAGGGAGCAGGAGGAGAAGAUAAGGGAGCAGGAGGAGAAGAUAAGGGAGCAGGAGGAGAAGAUAAGGGAGCAGGAGGAGAAGAUACGGGAGCAGGAGGAGAAGAGGCAGGAGCAGGAGAAGAAGAUGUGGAGGCAGGAGAAGAUGCAUGAGCAGGAGGAGAAGAUACGGGAGCAGGAGGAGAAGAGGCAGGAGCAGGAAGAAAAGAGGCAGGAGCAGGAGGAGAAGAUGUGGAAGCAGGAGAAGAUACAGGAGCGGGUGAAGAAGAUGCACGAGCAGGAGGAGAAGAUGCGGGAGCAGGAGGAGAAGAUGUGGAGGCAGGAGGAAAUGAUGCACGAGCAGGAGGAGAAGAUACGGGAGCAGGAGAAGAUGUGGAGGCAGGAGGAGAAGAUAUGUGAGCAGAAGGAGAAGAGGCGGGAGCAGAAGGAGAAGAUACAUGUCACUCGCCUGCUGGUUCACCUCACUAGGGUGGCAGCUGCACAGGAGCAGCUGGGCUGA